CCCUCCUAAAAAGUUUGCUGCCCACCAAAGAACAUUUGUCAUGUGGAAAUUCUACCUGUGCAAGAGAAAUUCAAGUGAUGGAAACUAAAUCUUUGGUACGGCACAAUUAUCAAGACUUGCAAGAUCUAAUCCAAACAUACGACGACAUCCAUCAAACAGUUGAAGUCAAGCAUGGGCAUCUCAGCUAUGUCUGGAUGGAGAGUAAUAAAAACUUAUAUGAAACAACCAAAGCACUGGAAAUGAUUCUGAGCAAAAAGCUGCCAGCUGGCUACGAAUUUAAUCAUCCGUACAUAAACUUCCGCUCAAAAAUAAUUACCAUUGCUAAAAAAUUUAACAAGCUUAAUCCUUGUAAUAGUGUUCACUGGCAUAAUAUUGUAUCAUGGCUAGAAAAACCUUAUAAGAUGCCACCGGCCCAUGUUAAAGAUACAGCUCUUGCUAAAUCAACCGAAAAUGAAGUACCAGAAAGGUUAAACACUGAGCCCAGGAGUCUCUCUGAGAAACAGUCUGCUGUAUUUAAACGCAAGUUCUCAGGUGAUGAGGGUUUAGUGGAAGCAAAUAAGAAGCUGAAAGCUCAACUCCAGGAGUGCAAACGUAAACUUGAGAAAGCUAAAACUAAAGUUAAAGAAAAUAAAAGGCUAAACCAGAAAAUAAAGAAGUUGAGGUCUGAGCUGGAGAAACAGAGGCAAUUGGUUGAAAUAUUGAAGGGGUCGCAACAAUUCUUGAUUGACAAAUUAAGAGCAUCUUAUAACGAUAACUCCUCAGCUAAAGGAAGUCCCUAAAAUAAAUAUCCCCUACAAAAGUGUGUUGAUUUUGUACAUGGGGGUGGGGGGCAGAGUUUGUGGUGUUCUCUUAUAAGAAAAAAGGGUCGAACUUGAAACUGCAUGUUACUUUAUUCAAAUUUAAGAAUUAGUUGUCAGAAAAAAGCUUGAAAAAUGUACACAAGACAUUUGCUUUUAUGAACUUACACAAUUAAUAGUACUAAAAAUAGAACCUUCCUCUCCAGUGUUACGUUUUCAAUAUUUUUUUUAAUUGAAUAGAAUUUACAAAAUUAGAAGAGAAUUUUUUUUAUCCCAAAAUGUUGAGUGGCUUUGUUGAGAAGUAGAAGGGUAUAUUUUCUUAAAUAACUUUAGAAGAUCAGGAAUUGUGCAACAAAACAAUUAUAAUCCCCUAUUUUAAACCUCUGCAGUAUUUAAGAUUUUAAUCAUUACCGAAUCAUUAUAAAUUUUAUAUUAUGUACCAAAUUAUUCAUGAGUUUGUUAAUCUGUAUUAAUUUGUAUAAAUAGUGUUAUUAUCAACCUUCACAUGUUCUUUACUUUGCUUAUGAACUUUUUAUUAAACUUGUUGAAUUUCAUGGGCCUUAAAAAAUGUUAUAAAUCAUUUUUUUUUGUUUUUU